AGUCAAACAAAACAAAAAAAGAGUGGAUUGUGGAUUGCCCGUUGCCGGCUUCCUAUAAUUUCUAUUUUUAAUUUAAUUUUUAUAGUUUUUAUCAGUGAUUUCGUUUUUUGGUUGUAAGAUUAUUAUUGGGAUACAUAAAAUAAAGUGUAAUCAAAUGGAAGUGAAACAAGAAAUUAGCGAGGAAACGUGUAAAAUAGAAUUAGAAGAUAAUGGCUUGGAUAAUGCCCUUUUGGAUGGCUUUAAAUGUGAAGUUAAGGAGGAGGCAGAUAGGCAACGUACACAUGGCACAUAUGAUUCUUUAGACUUAGAGAAAUGUCCCAUAAAAACUGAAAUAAAACAACAUGGAAAUAAAAUUAACCCACUUGAAGAAGACCAAAAAUCUGAGAAAGGUUUUCUCCAAAUCGAACGCAAAACGGAAAUUUUGGAGAGACUCAUUGAAGAUUCAUCUUGCAAAGGAGAUGACAUGAGUCGCCACACUGAAGAAAAAACACUAAAUAAAAACAUGGAAGUUGUGACCGGAAUAAGAUCUCAUAAAUGUGGGAUUUGUUUUAAUCAAUUUGGUCAAGCAAGUGAUUUGAAAGUACAUUUGAGAGUGCACACUGGCGAAAAACCUUACAAGUGUGAAAUUUGUUUUAAACAGUUUAGUCAAACAAGUAAUUUGAAAACACAUUUGAGAGCACACACUGGAGAAAAACCUUACAAGUGUGAAAUUUGUUUUAAACAAUUUACUAUGGCAAAUAGUUUGAAAACACAUUUGAACGUGCACACUGGAGAAAAAUCUUACAAGUGUGAAAUUUGUUUUAAACAAUUUAGUCAAAGAAGUCAUUUGAAAACACAUUUGAUAUUACAUACUGAAGAAAAAUCCUACAAGUGUGAAAUUUGUUUUAAGGCGUUUUCUCGGGAAUAUUCUUUGAAAGUUCACUUAAAAGUGCACACUGGAGAAAAAUCUUACAAGUGUGAAAUUUGUUUUAAACAAUUUAGUCAAACAAGCAAUUUGAAAACACAUUUAAGAGUGCACACUGGGGAAAAACCUUACAAGUGUGAAAUUUGCUUUAAGGAGUUUUCUCGGGAAUUUUCUUUGAAAGUUCACUUAAGAGUGCACACUGGAAAAAAAUCUUACAAGAGUGAAAUUUGUUUUAAGCAGUUAACUACAACAGUGGGUUUGAAAUACCAUCUGGAAACACAUACUGGAGAAAAACGAUUUAAGUGCGAGAUUUGUUUUAAACAGUUUAGUCAAACAAGUCAUUUGAAAACACAUUUGAGAGUACACACUGGAGAAAAAUCUUACAAGUGUGAAAUUUGUUUUAAACAAUUUACUACAGCAAAUAAUUUGAAGACACAUUUGAACAUACACACUGGAGAAAAAUCUUAUAAGUGUGAAAUUUGUUUUAAGCAAUUUAUUCAAAGAAGUCAUUUGAAAACACAUUUGAUAGUGCAUACUGAAGAAAAAUCUUACAAGUGUGAAAUUUGUUUUAAGGCGUUUUCUCGGGAACAUUCUUUGAAAGUUCACUUAAGAGUGCACACUGGAGAAAAAUCUUACAAGUGUGAAAUUUGUUUUAAACAAUUUAGUCAAACAAUCCAUUUGAAAUUACAUUUAAGAGUGCACACUGGGGAAAAACCUUACAAGUGUGAAAUUUGUUUUAAGGCGUUUUCUCGGGAACAUUCUUUGAAAGUUCACUUAAGAGUGCACACUGAAGAAAAAUCUUACAAGUGUGAAAUUUGUUUUAAGGCGUUUUCUCGGGAAUAUUCUUUGAAAGUUCACUUAAGAGUGCACACUGGAGAAAAAUUUUACAAGUGUGAAAUUUGUUUUAAACAAUUUAGUCAAACAAGCAAUUUGAAAACACAUUUAAGAGUGCACACUGGGGAAAAACCUUAUAAGUGUGAAAUUUGUUUUAAGGAGUUUACACAUAAAUGUUCUUUGAAAGAACAUUAUAGAGUGCAUACUUGAGAAAAAUCUUAUUAUAAUCUUACUAGGUGUGAAAUUUGUUUUAAGCAAUUUAAUCAAGCAGGUAAUUUGAAAACGCAUUUGAGUGUGCACUUUGGAGAAGAACCUCAUAAGUGUGAAAUUUGUUGUAAGCGAUUUAGUCAAGCAGGUAAUUUGCAAACUCAUUUGAGAGUGCACACUGGAGAAAAAGCUUACACGUGUGAAAUUUGUUUGAAGCAAAAUAGUCAAGCAAUUAAUUUGAAAACAUAUUUGAGAGUGCACACUGGAGAAAAAGCUUACAUGUGUGAAAUUUGUUUGAAGCAAUCUAGUAAAGCAAUUCGAUCGUGUAAAGGCAAAGGGCGUAACCCUCAAAAAUUCGAAAUUUAGGUUUUUGGUUUUUUUGAAAGACCGACGUGAAAUACACCUCUCGGACAAAGGUCGUACCCAUCUAUGACUAUAAACCUAUAAAAUAUCAGAAUAAUGUCCUUAUGUACAUUUGGCGGUUUCACAAUUUCAUCCCAACAUUUGGCGAAACCCUCACGGCGUAACCCAGAACAGCUAAUUAUCACGUACCGGAUAAUUGGCGUAGGACUAACUUUUCCUUGGCAUCACCUGAUCAAUGGUUCUGGCCAGAAGGCGCAACCCAAAAAUUGUGGUUAUCUUGACAAGUGUUGUCUGUCAUCACUCGUGUGUGUAUCACAGUGUACUACUUUUAAUAAUUUAAUUAUUAUCGUUUUUACUAAGUUAUGAAGUGGAGGUGAAAUUUUCAAAAAAUAUUCACCUCACUGCUCAGGAAAGUGCUAAGUCAUGUAAAACAUUCAUUUGCGCAAGUUUUGACAUGCAGAAAGUCCUUAACACUCCUCAUGGAAACAGUAUGCUCCUUUACUAUUCUAGUAAGUAUUCCAUGUAUAAUGAAACAUUUUACGAAUGUGGAACAAGACGAGGGUAUUGUUUUUUAUGGGGUGAAAAAGAUGGAAAAAGAGGAGCAAAUGAAAUUUGUACCACAUUACUCAAAUAUUUGCAAAUUGUGGAUAAAGGGUGUAAUGUUAAGGAGGUUAAAUUAUUCUGCGACUCCUGUCCAGGUCAAAAUAAGAAUCACCAAAUUUUAGCUGCUAUAUUAUGGUUUCUGGAAACAUCUACUGCUGUGGAAAAAGUUUCUAUUGUAUAUCUUGAGUCAAACCUAAAAGAUAAAAUAAUUUGGGCUCCUUCAGAAUGGUCAACGGUUAUUGUUAAUUCACGUACACAACCGCAGCCCUACGAGGUAGAGGUAUUGAAUUAUACUGACUUCAAAGAUUUCAAAGCUCUACAAAAAGCUAUUUUUCCCGUAUUAAACAAGGAUAGUAACGGAUAAAGCAUAAAACUAUCCGAAUUGAAGCUAAUAGCUUUUGAAAAAAAUUCACGGUGAUAGCAAAAGCAUCAUUAGAUCUGGAAAGUGAAGAAAUAAGAAUUUGCGUGAAAGGUCAAAAGACAAUACGAUCAACCGUUACUUCACCUUCACUGGCACCGCCAUACAACGGGAAAUUAAAAUUGUCAUCUAAAAAAUACGAGGAUCUAAUGAAUUUAAUUAAAAAUAAUGUUAUUCCAAAUCGGUACCACGAAGAAUAUAUCCAAAUGAGAUCAGACACUUCGGAGCUGGAUGAACUUGCUGAAACUGAUGAGGAAGACUAAUUUUUGUAUAUUUUGUUUAAUAUUAAUACAUGUACUCGUAAUAUAGCACUAUUUAGGA